AUGGAGGCGAUGCCUUAUGCCGUGGCGUCAAUUCUAGCUUCUGAUGCGGGAGCUUCUAGCUGUUCGCUUUUAAAUUGGCACUUUGAGUUGAGGGCGGAGCGUGAAUUAAGUAAAGGCUUAUUUGUUCCUGAAUGUUUCAUUUUUAUUAACCAAAACCAACAUUUAUCAUACUUGCAACUAAGACCUCGAAUGUUUGGAAAAGACGAUGUCGACAAAGCGGAGUUUUUUAAUGAAAUAAAAGACAUUUGCAAGUGCUGGCUUACACCCGGGGAAUUGUCAGUAAAUAAGGCGCCAGGAGGUUGUGCAAGCACUAGAAAUGACGAGCAUGGAGAGGUCAAUCUUGGUAGUCAGGUCUGGUAG